AUGGCAAGCUUCUUAACCCUCGCUUCAAUCCCCGAGCUCUUAUAUUCUAUUCUCGAGUACCUCGACCAAGGCGACACAUACUCCCUCCUCUUGACCUGCCAAAGGAUCUAUCCCAUCGCCUAUAAACACCUAUGGAAGACCAUCCGUCUAUACAACCGCAGCAGACCGCGGACGGUCGAACCGAGGGCAUUCCCUGGAUUUGACAUGCGGUUUUUUCAUUCUAUGGCAAUUGAACAUGAAGACCAAAUGUGCCACAACCUCGCGAAUGCCAUCGAUAAGCUAGGUCCGCAAAAUACUGGGUUAUCGCUCACGAGGAAACUUGUGUUCGCUCCGGACUCGUUGCAUUCUUGUAAUGGGUUCUAUAAGAGUUCUUUGAUGAGUUAUAUAGAAGCAUUCAUGCAGCAGGGGAUAUUGAAUCUUAAUUGCAUAGAAUUGAAUUUCAGUAUAUCCGUCGGGAAUGAAAUCGAAAAGGAAGCCAUAUCUUGGUUCUUAACUCACCUCAGGGAAUACUCAAAAUCCAAAACCCCAGAGGAAUUCUCUAUCAUUCUUACCUCUCCUCUUGAUGUGGUUAUGGCCCGCAUGAUAGAUGUCGAAAAGAUCACCGAGCUCAACCUUAACAUUAAUUGGACUAACAGUAGCGGAAACGCGCUCCAACAUGAUAAUUUUGAUAUUCCAGCGGGACAAGAGGAUAGCGACGAAUACCAAUAUCUAGAACCGCAACCGCCAUCUGAUGGCUCUCACGGCUCGGAGGCUGAAUUUCGAAGGAUGGGCCACAGAGACCGAAGUCAAUUCAAUACACAGUUGACAGAACGUCUCACGGCUCUUUUACUCCGUGCUUCAAAUUUAAGAUCUUUAACCAUUCGCACAGUUAUGGCGGAGUCAGAACGUGGUAGAACCAUUCGAUACGUGGAUCUAAAACUUUCAAAGCCCCUACGGACUCUCCAGAACGCCUUCUACAGUCUUUCAAAACUCCGGAUACUGAACCUUCAUGACAAAUUCUUCCACCCAUCUUUCUUCAUCACCCCACCGGAUAGCGCAAUUGAGGUUAAUUACUCAGGACUCUUCUCAAACCGAUGGCUCCAAGCGUUCAAAAAAUGCCCGUUCACCGGUGUUAAAAAAUUAAGCCUCCACAUUACUCAAGAUAUCGGUAACAAAAAACUUUGGUGUCACAAUGAUUUUAACGUAUCGCCACUGGGGGAUGUAGCCGUCUCCGGCCUCACAGAAUGUAGCAUCAUCGAUGAAAUGGACACAGCUCCGGAUCUAGUCCAGUGUAUCUUCAGGAAGAACAAGAACCUCAGCAAGGCUUCAAAACAAAGGGUACUAUCGGGCCUCGUGGUGAAACUCCAACAAGCUGCAGAAAAACAACUGCUAGCCGCCUGUGCAAACUCACUAGAUUACAUAAGGGGAACGGAGGAAGACAAUCCAUACCAUAAGAUCACAAUUGACAGCCCUGACUCCCGAGAUAAAAUAAUAGCAGCGGCCGGAAACCGAUGUUUAAAGAUGCUCCCAGAUGCUAUCGAUAAAGUCGAAGCAUGGAAGUCUGCAAACCUCUCCGCAGCGAACUUCACGCGAGAAUGCGGAGCAACAAUCAAUUCACUAUUAAAAAGAUACAAAACCAUGAUAACCAUGGAAUACACUCAAAAAUACCUCGACGGCGCAAGUGAGAAACCAGGCGAUAUAAAAAAGGCAUCAAAAGAGUGUCUACAAAGAAUGCUUGAUAAUUUCGACAAUCACUUUUCGUGGGAAGUUGCGGAUUAUUACACUCACGACAUUGCAAAUCAAACCACUCAGAUAAUUAACCACCAAAUAAAGAGGUCUACGAAAACGGAAGCGUCGGAAUAUAUCCUCGCUUUAGCGGAGUCCGGAGAGCUUGACAGUUUCGAUUACAUGUUAGUCGAGAAGUUUACACGGGAUUGUGCUCAGAAACUUAGUGGGAUGGAGUUAGAGGGACAAGCACACUCUGCUGGAUACCAGACCGGUCGGAUGCGAAUAUUCAAUCCUUACGGUGAACCUCCUCUUCCUUCUUUUCCCGCAAACCUCGCAGGCCAGCAUAUACCAAACUAUAGUUACCCGGCCCCUACCGAUUUGGGUUAUUGA